AUCCUGACUCCGCCCAUAUCGGUUAUACCGCUUGAUUGCUCUUCCUUUUCCAAUUCAGAUCAACCCAGAUUCCCUAAAAUCCAAAAACCAAAACAAAAAUCACUACUUUGACAUUACAGAGAAACAGAGGAUUUUAAGUUUCUGACAGCAAAAAUGGCUGAUCAGUCUGAUGAUUUAGACCAACUUCUUGAUAGUGCUUUGGAUGAUUUCCAGAAUCUCAAUCUCACCUCUCCUCCUCAAAGGUCAGGUGGAGGAGAUUGUGAAGCAAAGAAGCAAGAAUCUGGUUCUUUAACAAGUGGGGUUCAAGGGUUAGGAAUGGGAUUGCCUGACUUGAAGAGCAAGAAAAAGGGAAAGCAAAAGGUUUUAAAGGAAUCCCAUGUCACUGAGGCUCUUGAUAAACUCCGAGAACAGACCAGAGAGACUGUGAAAGGAUUGGAAUCGAUGUCAAAACCUGGUGGAGAUGAUUUUGGCAAGGAUGAAAUGAUGGAGGAUUGGGUCAAGCAGUUUGAGGAGCUUGCUGGGUCUCAGGACAUGGAAUCGAUUGUGGAGACUAUGAUGCAACAACUUCUAUCGAAGGAGAUCCUUCAUGAACCUAUGAAGGAAAUUGGAGAAAGAUACCCACAGUGGUUAGAAGAGAAUAAAGCUAAUUUGAGCAAAGAAGAUUAUGAACGUUACUCCCAUCAGUAUGAACUGAUAAAAGAGCUUAACGGAGUUUAUGAUAACGAUACUAAUAACUUCACCAGGAUCGUCGACCUCAUGCAAAAAAUGCAAGAGUGCGGUCAGCCUCCAAAUGAUAUCGUGCAAGAGCUUGCUCCUGAAUUCGAUUUAUCCAGUCUUGGCCAACUAUCUCCUGAGAUGCUCAAUUCACAGCAAAACUGUUGUAUAAUGUGAGGCAAUAUCAUGUUUCAGACUAUGUUUUCCUUGUCUACUUGAUAGAUAUUCGUUUACGUUUAAUAAAGUAUAUUUCCUUCAACUUGUAAGUUACCUGAGCCUUCAAGAAAUGACAUUCUCAAUAUUUGGAACUUA